AUGUACAGCAAGAACGUAAUUCAGUCCUGGAUUGCGCAGGGCCUGGUCACAGUGAAUGGGCAGCCUGUCCUGAAGGCGGGCACCGGAGUGGACCCCGCCUCCUCUCGCAUAGACCUGCUGGCCGACCCUCCCAGGUACGUCUGCCGGGCCGGGCUCAAGCUGGAGGCUGCCCUGGACCACUUCAGCCUCGACCCCAAAGGAUGGACCACACUGGAUGCCGGCCUCUCCACCGGCGGCUUCACGGACUGCCUACUCCAGCGCGGGGCCAGGCGCGUGGUGGGCGUGGAUGUGGGGUACGGCCAGGUGGCAGAGCGCGUGCGUCAGCACCCCGCCGUCACCGUGAUGGAGCGGACAAACGUGCGGCACCUGCGCCGCGCAGCCCUGCCUGGCGUCAUCAAGGUGCUGGACAUGGUGAUGGAUGUCUUGAAGCCAGGCGGGCACCUGAUCGUGCUCAUCAAGCCCCAGUUUGAGGCCGGGAAGGCGCAGGCAAGUCGCCCGGGGCAGUUCCUGACCCCUACAGGUUGUGGCAUGCUGAUGAGUGACGUUGCCACGGGCGGGCUGGUUCGGGAUCCCGCCGUGCACGCAGACGUCAUCAGACGGGUGCAGGAGGCCUGCAUGGCGCGCGGGCUGGUGCCCCAGGGCCACAUGCCCUCACCCAUCAAGGGCGCAAAUGCGGGGAACACAGAAUUCCUGGCCCACUUUGUCUUUCAGGCGACAGGUGCAGGGGUGGAGGAGGAGCUGGAGGAUGGGGAACCUGAUGAACCUGCCAAGUCAUGA